GGUGGGAGAAACCCACAUUUUCUCCUCUCUGAGGGUGCUCUUGUAUUCUACCUGACUGCCUCAUGAAAGGCACUUUUGUCCUGCAGUGAAAUAUAUUGCCCUUCACCUCCUCUUGAUGCGGUUUGCCCUCCUUUUUUCAUUUUUAGGAAAAUGCUAAUCUUCCGGCCAGGCUGGCAGAUUAUAUUUCUUAUAGGUUGAUGGAAAACUUAAGAGGAUCUGUGAGCGUGCAACCGUUCUGAAGUAGUGGGAGGGUUGAUCCAAGAGGCUCAAAAUACAACAUCUGGUUUAUGUAAUGCCUUACAUGCAAUUCAGGACAGUGCAAAAAGCUGCUGCUAACUUCAGAAGCUCUACUUUGCAAGAGGUGCAGGCGGAAGAACACCCAAUUAUAAGAUUUUCUGGUUAAACAGUGAGAAAAAAAAACUGCCUCAUAGUUGUUGAGUGAUGGUGUUCACAAAAUGAAGUCCAACUGCCACAUUUCCUUAUUUAGAGCUAAUCACACUUAAGCUCUUGGAAAUGAUUUGACAGUGAUAUCUCUUGGAAACAUGCCUGGGCAUGUCCUCAGAUCUUGACAGGCUCCAUCAAGCAAGGGUGUGACAGAGUCUCUUCCUCCCAGGUCAACAAAGCCAGUGUCCGCCACCAUGAACAACUGCCUUUUGCCACCUGUGCACUCGCUUCAGGAUUCGGAAUGGUAUUGGGGAGAUAUAUCAAGGGAUGAGGUGAACGAGAAGCUCCGGGACACACCUGAUGGCUCCUUUAUGGUGCGCGAUGCAUCCACGAAGCUGCAAGGAGACUUUACGCUAACCUUAAGGAAAGACGGACACAAUAAGCUGAUCAAGAUUUACCACAGAGACGGGAAGUACGGCUUCUCAGACCCCCUUACGUUCACGUCAGUGGUAGAACUAAUAUGGUACUAUCAGCACCAUCCGUUAGUGGAAUACAACGCAACCCUGGACCUGAUGCUUACCCAUCCUAUGUCCCGCUUCCAGCAGGUGAAAGAGGACAGCGUCGAUGUUGCCGGCAGAAAGCUCAAGGAGGUUCACUGUCAGUAUCAAGAAAAGACGAAGGAGUUUGAUCGCCUUUACGAAGGAUUCACAAAGACCUCACAGGAGAUCCAGAUGAAGCGGACAGCAAUAGAAGCAUUUAAUGAGACAAUGUUGAUCUUUGAGGAGCAGUGUCGGGAGCAGGAGCGUUAUGGAGAGGAGUUUGAGAGGAACAAUCAGACAGAUGGAGCUGACAAAGAUCUGGAAAGCUUUCUGAUAAACUACGAGAAGCUGAAGUGUCGUCUUGGAGAGAUCUAUGACAGCAAAAUUCAUCUGGAGGAAGACUUGAGAACACAGGUGGAGGACUACAGAGAGACGGACAGGAAGAUGAACAGCUUGCGGCCUGACCUCAUCCAGCUACGCAACAUCAGAGACCAGUACCUCAACUGGCUUAAUCACAAAGGCGUACGACAGAAACGCAUAAAUGACUGGCUGGGGACACAAAGCGACAGCCUGGAUGACACAUACGUGUUGAAGGGAGACGAGAAGAACUUGCCUCAUCAAGAGGAGACAAAUUGGUUUGUUGGUGAGCUGAGUCGGACGCAGGCAGAGGAGAUGCUGCAAGGAAAAGCUCCAGGAACGUUCCUGAUCCGAGAAAGCAGCAAACAGGGAUGCUACGCCUGCUCUGUUGUUGUGAAUGAAGAAGUGAAGCAUUGUAUGAUCUACAGCACACCGCACGGAUACGGCUUCGCUGAGCCCUACGACGUCCACUGCUCACUGAAAGACCUUGUCCUGCACUAUCGCCUGCACUCCUUAGCGCAACACAAUGACGCCCUGGAUGUUCGGCUGUCACAUCCAGUACACGCCAAAGCUGCAGCUAUGCCUUCGCAACACGCAGAGGAACACAAACUCUUACAGACUCCUAAACACACAGCGGGGCUGCCUCCUGCCGCUCCAGAAAUGUAAUCCAACGGAAAGAGACACAAAGGACACGUUGUUUACUGUAUCCUGCGAGAAUGACUGCAUCGAGGUGCACCGUGUAAAGUUUUGCACUACAGUGAUUCCAUUGGUUUUUGUGAAUGGGAUUUCACAGAUUGAAGUGAGACCGGAACUUGAAUGUCAGCUUGAGCUUUUUUUUCAAGUUUUGAAAGAAGCUGUUUGAGCUUUUUUUUUUUUUUUUUUUCAAAUGGACAUCUUUUUAGUAGGGAAUCAACAACCAGUUUGUUGCUCUCUGACAUCAGGUGCUGCACCUUUAUUUGACUUUUACGACCAGAGUUGAUGUUGCUAGAGAUGUCCAUAUUCCCCCAGUUAACAUUAUUUACUUCUGAAAAUUUGACCAAUAGGUUAGAAAUAUGUUUGGUAACAAUGGAGUUAUAUUUCUACCUCAUUUCCUAACUGCUUGUUUUCAUAUUUUGAGCACAGACACAUUGGUGAAUAAAAGUUGUUUUCAGCCGAUACAUAUUGUAUCAUGUUAGUGAAGUUGAAUUUUGAGGGAGAAGAUGACAACAAAAUACUCUUUAUUGCUCGUUUUCAUACUGACAAUGUAUGAAUUAUAAAAUAAAUUUAAAUUUGACUUAGCUUUGUCAGACGGAGGAGGGUACAGGUCAUUUUAAAAGAAUGCAAUGAGGUAGUUUAUAGUUGUCAAUGAAGUCAGCUAGCUGUAAGAAUACUAUUCUGAAAUGAUUUAUUUUACCUCUACUCACUAAAAAAAAUCAAAAGGCAACUUUAAAAUUGUAUUUUUAAAAAACAACCUUAAUGAUAAUGCCUUUCCUGAGUAGCUGGUUAAUCAUCAUGCCUUAAUUACUGUGUGUACAUUAUUCAGCAGCCUAUCAAGAUAGAUAAGUCGCACAACAGUGUUUGUUCACAUGACAUUUUUGAAAACGUCAUAUGAACAAGAAGUCAAGCAGUAAUAUAUGUAUUCAGUGCAACAUAGAUUUGAAUCCCUGAAACACAGUCAUUCUUACUGUGAUGAAAAACUUUCCUAAGAAAAGUCCCAUUGUGCUCAAAAUGUUACCUUGCAUGCUAAGGAAUAAGGUAUGAAUAUAUUUUUUUAGUUUACAAUUACUUGGUGCAUUAGUGAGGGAAAAAUGGUGCUGUAAACAGGCUGUUCCCCUUCAUAUGGGUUUGGUGGACCAAACCGUUUUUGGGUAAAUGCCACGUGUGAAUAUGUGAAAAAGUCGUGGUGCAUCUUGACAAUUGGCCCUCCCUCAGCAGACAUUCAUACGCAGUGGAUUAUUAUGUAGCAUUAACAUCCUGUAGAAUACCAUUGUAUGAGCAUACUCAAUGUUAAACCCAUUGACCAAAGCACUUAAUAGUGAGCUAAAACUACAUCCCUGUUGAGUCCGGUUAAAGCAUUUGGGCGAGGGGAGGGAAAUUUAUGUACACCUGCUGAUGUGCUGAUCGGAACAUAAUCUGAAGUACUGUAUGUUAUAUUCUGUUACUCAAAGAAGUAUAAGCUUUUUGUAUUCUAUAUAUAUUUUUUCUAUAAACAUGCCACAAGAUGAAAGCUUGAAGAAAGUGCAAUCCAACAGUAUUUCUAUUGUUGCAAUGAAUGACGACGAUGAUGGUGGUGACGGUGAUGCUGUUAUGAGAGGUUGACAUUUGCCACAAGAAUGCACUCUCUUUGGUGGUGUCGGUAUGAUGUGGCCUCCAAUGUUUGUGUGAACUGCCAGAGGUCCGGAAGUAUCCUGCCUCCAUUACUUGAACUGUGGCAUUGCUUGAGCUAUGAAUGUUUUUCAUGACAUGCCGCCUACAUAGCUUAAGAGGAAAGGAAUCCAUGUUGAACUUGGCACAUUUUUCAAGUUUGAGGACAAUAGAUACUCUGUACAGAGAACUGUAAAAUGUAUUUCUGAGGUUGGUUAUGGAAGGGGGACGAAAAAGCCUCCUAUAAAACUAUAACUCCACCAGGGGAUUGAGGAAACUCCUAGGGUGAAGCUAAGCAAUGUGAGAUCCUGACCUUUUUCUUGCUUAAAGACAAUAAACUGAUGAGGGUUUUGUCAA